AUGAGCCUAAAAAUUCAGAGUAUAGUUCCACCAGACAGACAGGGAAAACUCAGCAGUACAACAGAUGAGCUAAGGAAAAUUGAAUCCUCCCAGUGGUUGGACUACAGGAGAAUUAGCGAUGGGAUUCUCCAUGUGAGACCGACCAGGAGAGCUUACAGGAGGCAGGACAGAGCCAUCCAUGUGGCGUCUGAGCAGCUGAUGCUUCGACAGUGCAAUGUGGCACAAUUCCUGGACAGGAUGUCGCAUUGUACUCGUCGGCUGCAAGAGCGCUUGGGCCGGCGGAGAGUAGCGGCUCAGGAGAGACAACCGGCUGCGCCUGUCAUGCCGCCUGCGCCUGACAACCAGGUACCACCUGUCGCUGCACCUGCAGUUCCUGCCCUGCCUCGACCGGUCAUGCUCCCUCCACUUGAAAACCAGGUACCACAUGUCGCUGCUCCUGCAGUUCAUGCCCUGCCUCGACCGGUCAUGCCCCCUCCACUUGAAAACCAGGUACCACAUGUCGCUGCUCCUGCAGUUCAUGCCCUGCCUCGACCGGUCAUGCCCCCUCCACUUGAAAACCAGGUACCACAUGUCGCUGCUCCUGCAGUUCAUGCCCUGCCUCGACCGGUCAUGCCCCCUCCACUUGAAAACCAGGUACCACAUGUCGCUGCUCCUGCAGUUCAUGCCCUGCCUCGACCGGUCAUGCCCCCUCCACUUGAAAACCAGGUACCACAUGUCGCUGCUCCUGCAGUUCAUGCCCUGCCUCGACCGGUCAUGCCCCCUCCACUUGAAAACCAGGUACCACAUGUCGCUGCUCCUGCAGUUCAUGCCCUGCCUCGACCGGUCAUGCCCCCUCCACUUGAAAACCAGGUACCACAUGUCGCUGCUCCUGCAGUUCAUGCCCUGCCUCGACCGGUCAUGCCCCCUCCACUUGAAAACCAGGUAUAA